CUGGUGAGACUUUCCGGCGCCAACAAAAACGCUUUGCUCUCCGAAGCCGCUCAAGCCGUGUACCGCGACGAGAGCCAAGCUCGGGCAACUACCAUUCUCUCCCGGCUGAGGGACUUGAACCCGGAACUCGCACAACAAUUCCACCCCAAGCGAGAUGCGUUUUCCAACCUCAAUCUCCGGAUGAUCUCCUUCCAACCACCCAAGUCCCGGCCAUACAACGAUGGUGUCCCCUCUUUCAUCGCAGUCAGUUACUGCUGGCACUCUGACCAGUGGCCUCUGGCCCCCGCCGCAACACCAAUUUUGGUAGGCUGGGACAUUUCGGAGCCCAUGAUGAACGCCGUCCUGGAACUGCGCGAAACCGCCGACGAGGGCGUACAUGUUUGGCUCGACAAGUUGUGCAUCAAUCAAAGCGACCACGCAGACAUCACGGCGCAUCUUGGAGUGAUGGACACCAUCUAUCGCUCUGCUCGUCGGGUCGCAAUCCUCUUGGAAGACGUACAACUCAAGAAAGACGAGGAGGCGGUUGGCUUGGCCUUUGUAGGGUUUUACCAGGACCUCAUCCAAGAUGUUAUGGACCUCGGCUUGGAAGGCGAGGAGAAGCGCCACUUCGUCAGUCAAUACUUUCCUCGUCGAUCACAAGAACUUGAUGCCGGUACGCUGGCAGCGGUAAAGCCCUUCGUGAUGAAAUUGCUCGGGGCGCGUUGGUAUAGCCGAGCCUGGUGCGCCCAUGAGUCUCGCAUGAUGAAGCACCAGAAAGUCAACAAUCCCUUGCUACUGUGCUUCGGCUCAGACGGCCGAGUCCUGUCGUUCGAAUUUCGUUUUAUCCAUUAUCUAGGGUACUACCUGCAAAGCACAGAGCCGCUCGACCCGCUCUCUUCGUCUCAAUUCCAGGGGCGGCUCAAUAACCCAAACCCGACGAGCUUGCGGCAGCUAUGGUGGAGAGCUAACAGGCUGUUGCCCGAUACAAACCUGGAUGCGACGACCAUGCAACACCUCGUUAACGUGCUGUCGACGAACUGUUUCAAGAAAGGGGAUCUCAUGUCAAUCGCCUUGAACACGGCGAGCAUACCGCUGUAUUACGCGGGGGAAGAUAUUCAGUCCGUGGAAGAAGUGAUUUGGAAGUUCUCGACUCUGGUGCUCGCCGCAGGGGACUUAUCUCCUCUUGUCGCCGUCGGGGAGAAGCUCAGAUUCACUACUAACAGUGGAAGAGACAUCAUAUCUUGGGCAAUCAAACCUGACCGAGGUGUGUUGGACAACGAGGUCGCAAACCCACUCCCAGAAUCCAUCACCGCCAUCACGCGGGAGUACAUAGAGCUGGAU